AUGAUCCAGAUUCAAAGCCAGGAAGAUGGUAACGAGCCCCCAUUGAGCGCAAGUGUCCACAAAGAGCUUUUGUGUUUCUAUUCGCCAUACUACACUGCUGCGAUCAAAGGUCGCUUCUCUGAGAGUCGGAAGGAUCUGUUCACUCUGGGACUCGGUGCCUCGCAGACGCGACUGUUCGUAGAGUGGCUAUACACAGGACGCUGUGAACACAAUCCGUGGAACCAACACGGAAGCGACGACAUCUGUGCCCUUUACGUCUUUGCCGACCAGACAGACAUCAUCGCCCUUCGCAGGACCAUCACGACUCGUCUAAGCUCAUCUGUUCGCCGGCCUGUGACCCCUGACGAGCUGGCAAGUCUUGUCUCUCAACUUCCGGGAUCUUCUGGACUUCGGCGUUUCUUGCUAGAAGAGGCCGUAUCUUAUCGCAUGUAUGCAGAAUACAAAGGUACUGCAACUCCAUGGGACUGGGAGCAGCAGGGCUAUUUUCCAGAGGACUUUCCCGAAGAUUUUUAUGCCCAACUCCUAAGUGGUCAUCUUCAAAACGAAGGACAAGGCUUCGGCUCUCCAAGAUUGAACAACCAGUGCAACUACCAUGAGCACGAAGACGGAGAAGAAUGGAAAAUGAGUAAGCUAGACAGCACUGCGUCAUGA